UUCACUCUUUUCCUCUAAAACGCAUUAAUCACUUUUUUUCCCCUCAUUAAACACACCACACCCAAUUCAUUCUCAUCGUCCUCUCUCUCUCUCUCGCUCUUGACCUAUACAACACACCGAUCCUCAAAUCCAAAACCGUCCCCUCUUUUUGAUCUCAGAUCUCAGAUCUCUCAAGGAACAACAACAACAAACAAUGGCGAUUUCUGCGCGUGAAGAGUUCGUAUACAUGGCCAAGCUCGCUGAGCAAGCGGAGAGGUACGAAGAGAUGGUAGAGUUCAUGGAGAAAGUCUCCGCCGCCGUCGACGGAGAUGAACUAACCGUCGAAGAGCGUAAUCUUCUCUCCGUCGCUUACAAGAACGUGAUCGGUGCUCGCCGUGCCUCGUGGCGUAUCAUCUCAUCGAUCGAGCAGAAGGAAGAGAGCCGCGGUAACGACGACCACGUCUCGGCGAUCCGUGAUUACAGGUCUAAGAUCGAGACGGAGCUCACCGGGAUCUGCGACGGUAUCCUCAGGUUGCUUGACUCUAGGCUCAUCCCUGCCGCUGCUUCUGGCGAUUCCAAGGUCUUUUACCUCAAGAUGAAGGGUGAUUACCACAGGUACUUGGCUGAGUUCAAGACUGCUCAAGAGAGGAAAGACGCCGCCGAACAUACUCUCUCCGCUUACAAAUCCGCUCAGGAUAUUGCCAAUGCAGAGCUUGCUCCAACUCACCCAAUUCGUCUUGGUCUUGCAUUGAACUUCUCUGUGUUCUAUUACGAGAUCCUCAAUUCUCCUGAUCGUGCUUGCAACCUCGCCAAACAGGCCUUUGAUGAAGCGAUAGCGGAGUUGGACACUCUUGGUGAAGAAUCAUACAAAGACAGUACCUUGAUCAUGCAGCUUCUUCGUGAUAACCUUACUCUAUGGACAUCCGAUAUGCAGGAUGAUGCUGCGGAUGAGAUCAAGGAAGCAGCAGCAGCAGCGCCAAAACCGACCGAGGAACAGCAGUGAUCUUUUGAGUGUGAAACUGCUAGUUUUCUAGGGUUUGGAAUUUCUUCUUUUCUCGUCCAUAUGUUUUUUUUCUUAAUCAUCUAAAAGGUCGCCCUUGCCAUUUCGCUUAUCUUCAAAAGCUUAUUAUUCGUUCAUCAUAUUUGUGGCAAGUCCGAACCAUCAUCAAUCAUCUUUUUUAUUUUAUUUUAUCUCUUUUGCUUGAUUUUCUUUCUCUUUUUAUUUUUGGUUGUUAUUUUUUUCAAUGUCUCUAUGCAAUGGAAACCUUUUUCUUUGUUUUCUCAUCAAUUUGAAGAUCAUGAAGUCAGUCUCUUGUCUCUUA